GCGCUCCCGGCAGGGCGGGGACGGGUGUCCCCGUCUCUCUCCGUGCGCCAGGGCGCGGCGCAGCCACUCGGUGCGCUCGGAGGCGGAGCAGGGGCCACCCGAGCCUUAGCAGCCGCCGCUUUCUCGGCUGCCUGGAGACACAAAGGCUGCGGAUCUCGCCCAGGAGCCGGGCGAGGCGAGUGGAGCAGCUCCGGCCCCCCCGUUCAGUCCCGCCGGGGCCCCCCUUGGAGAGCCAUGUCCUGCCUGGAUUACCUCGCUGCCGAGUGCCUGGUGUCCAUCUCCAGCGGGGCUCUGAUCCACCCCGCCGCCGCCUCCAGCGUCCCCAGCCCCGAUCCCGCUAGCAGCGAGGACCGGGAGGUGCGGGACACCCUCCGGGGCGCAGCCCCGGCGGCGGCCGGCUGCAGGGCGCGCCCCGGUUCGGCGCACUCGGAGAGCAGCAACUCGUCCUCGUCGGCCGGAGGGGGGGACCUGGAGAGCGGCUACACCACCCUGUCCGACGGGGGCGGCGGACCCCAGCGCGGCCCGCUGCCCGGCCACAGCCCCAGCCUGUCCUCCCCGGGCAAGCGGCACCGCUGCCCCUUCCAGGGCUGCUGCAAAGUUUAUGGCAAAUCGUCCCACCUGAAGGCGCAUCUGAGGACGCACACGGGUGAGAGGCCGUUCCCAUGCACCUGGCCCGACUGCUCCAAGAAGUUUGCGCGCUCGGAUGAACUGGCCCGGCACUACCGCACCCACACCGGGGAGAAGAAGUUCGCCUGCCCGCUCUGCGAGAAACGCUUCAUGCGCAGCGACCACCUGACCAAGCAUGCCCGCCGCCACCCCACCUUCCACCCCUCCAUGGUCAAGCGGCAGGGCUGCCCCAGCGACUCAGCACCCGGCAGCCUGGCGGGGAGCCCCGUCGCCAGCCCUGCCCCCAGCCCGGCCAAGUUCCUGUAGGGGCCGGCACUGCUCCGAGCGGGGACCAAGUGGCACGGACCCCAAAAGGUGCCACCUGGCCCAGGCCAGCCCGGGAAGCCGCCGAGAGUGCCCGGUGUCAAGGCUGCCCUUGGAUCUGUGGGACGAACGAACCGUCCGCUCAACCCCGACGGGGCCCUUCCACCUUGUGUCCUGGGUGUCUUCGAGCAGCAGCCUCUCCCCACCUGGCUUCGUGGUGACGUCCAGCAUCCCCCAUCCCCGGCCUGCGUGGCCCAGCGGUCGGGCGUCCAGUCCCGCAGGCCGUGCCGCUCCCCCUGGGCGGCUGUGGAAGGAGCUGGGCGGGGGGAAGGCUACGACCUCGCCCUGGCUGCCCCUCUCCUGGGCAGACUCCCGCAUGGUGAUGGGAGGUGGCGCCUCUCCGGGAACCCCCAGCUACCACGAUGCCAGACUCUACCGGCUCGACUCGGGCGGGGCUGUUUCGCCCUGGAGAUGCUGAGGGCCAAUCAAGGCCCCUUGCCGCCUCUCUGGUUUACCCUCCUGGUGCUGGUGCAGUGACAGUUCCCCAGCAGGGGGCACCCUAGGGAUGGUUCCAACUUGCACCCUGGGGACCCCUUGACGAAGGCAGCUUAAACCAGGCCAGUUCUGCCUCCCGUCCCCAGAGGCCAUGGCUGCUUCGCUCUUGGGACAGAAGGCUGCUCAGGGAGGAGAUGGCCGGUGGCUGAAGUCCCCUGCGUCUCCCACUUCCCCUCCCCUCUCCUUCUGGACACCAGGACCUGCUGCCCUGAAAUUCUCCCCUCUGCCUCCAAGGGAAGCCCAACAUAUAUGUGUAUAUAUAUAUAUAUAUGUAUUCCUCUCCCCCUCCCCCAGAGGGGAGUUCUGAAUAUUUAUUUAUACAGACUGACGCGCCUCCGGCUGCAACCUUCUGAGGUCUCUGCAAGCCGUGAGUAUCUGGCCAGUGGAGACAGCCUGACUGCAGUGUCGGGGGGAUGUACCUUUCGAGUGACUCUCCGUCCAGCCCCUGCCAUGGGACAGGGCUGGGCUUUUUAGGCAGGAAUCUAUUUAUGGACAAGAUCGGUUAUUAUAGCUGUGGAAUCGGGGUGGAGGGGUAUAAAGAGAGGGGGGUGACAGGCGCCCCAGCCAGCCUCUCUGAAGCGGGUGCGGAUUGAGUAUUUGUCUACGCAGCAUAUUGCUGCUGGAACCUGGCUGUGUGCAGCUGUUUUAUAGCAAGCUUGGCCUGCAUUUCGGUUCUUGGUGAUUUGGGGGGUGCUGCGGAUUUACCUGAAAACUUGUAAUUUAAUUUUUUUUUCCAGAGAGUGCUCAGCACUUUAAAGACACGGGGGGUCCCUUUGAGGUGGGUCAGGUGGUGCACCCAAAAAAUCACUAGUCACUGCUGGAAAUAUAGGGCCAAGUGCCUUCAGUCCAUCGCGAGCAGGCCUGUCCCAGAACUGCACUAGGUCGAGUGCAUGGAUCAGGGUGGACUAGUUUAUUGGUACAGCAGUGGUUACAUAGCAGCCUUUCUCAGCCAAGUGGGACGCUCUAUUUGAUUCUGCUGCAACUAGGUGCACUGAAGUCACUAAGGGUGUGUCUACACUUAACCUGCUGCAGCUGCACUGCUGGAGCACUUGGGUGUCGACCCCACCUAGGCCGGGGUUCUCCCAUUGGCAUGGGCAAUCCACCUUCCCGAGAGACGGUAGCUGGGUUGACGAACGAAUUCUUCCAUCACCCUAGCGCUGUCUGCACCAGGGGUUUGGUCGGCUGAACUACACCGCUCAGGGGAGUGGAUUUUUCACGCCCAUCAGAGACGUAGCUGUGCUGGUGUAAGGUCCCAGUGUAGACCCAGCCCUGAGGUAGGUCAGGGCUGCAGGGU